AUGGCGAUAGCUAGCUUAGAUCCUGGGCCAGGCAUAGCUGCGCUGCAAGCAUGGGGUGGUCAAGUAGCGGCGUACGGCGCCUCCAACCAAACAGUCGUCGAUAAAGUACCACCAGAACUGCUGCAUAUGGUCGAUCCACAUUGGUAUCAGUUUCCACCCAUGAACCCUUUGUGGCACGGCCUACUAGGUUUCACAAUCGGCGUUCUCGGCUUCAUCUCGAUCACUGGCAAUGGAAUGGUUAUCUAUAUUUUCACAAGCACCAAGAGUCUUAAAACGCCUUCAAACUUACUGGUUGUAAAUCUUGCCUUCUCGGACUUCUUAAUGAUGUGCGCAAUGUCACCGGCUAUGGUUAUAAACUGUUACCACGAAACUUGGGUGUUCGGUGCCUUGGCAUGUGAACUAUACGCUUGUGCGGGAUCAUUAUUCGGCUGUGCUUCCAUCUGGACUAUGACCAUGAUUGCUUUUGAUAGAUACAAUGUAAUUGUCAAAGGCAUAGCCGCAAAGCCCAUGACUAAUAACGGAGCAUUGCUGCGUAUACUUGGUAUCUGGCUUUUCUCUCUUGGGUGGACUCUCGCACCAUUCUUUGGCUGGAACAGAUAUGUGCCCGAGGGUAACAUGACAGCUUGCGGAACUGAUUAUUUGAGCAAGGAUUGGUUCAGCCGUAGCUAUAUUCUUAUAUACUCAGUCUUCGUUUACUUCUUGCCUCUGUUCCUGAUUAUCUACUCGUAUUUCUUCAUUGUGCAGGCUGUAGCUGCCCACGAAAAGGCCAUGCGUGAACAAGCCAAGAAAAUGAACGUGGCUUCUCUUAGGUCUUCCGAAGCUGCUAACACAAGCGCAGAAUGUAAACUUGCCAAGGUGGCGCUGAUGACGAUAUCUCUAUGGUUUAUGGCGUGGACUCCGUAUCUAGUGAUCAACUAUACUGGUGUUUUCGAAAGCGCACCAAUCAGUCCUUUGGCUACCAUCUGGGGAUCACUUUUCGCGAAGGCUAACGCCGUAUACAACCCAAUCGUAUAUGGUAUCAGCCAUCCAAAAUACCGCGCGGAAUUGUACAAGAAGUUCCCCUCGUUGUCGUGCCAAGCAUCGCCUGACGAAAGUGGUUCGGUUGCUUCGGGAACAACUGCUGUAUCCGAAGAGAAACCUGCCGCUUAGACACUCUAGAAGAAACCAAGACCACGAAAAUCGACUAUCGGAGACACGAUUUCUGCCAAUGCGAUGUUAUUUAUUUUUAUACGCAAACAUUUACAUUUGUACAAAGUUAUAAACUUGAGCACAGAGCGUGUGCUGAACAAAGUAUUCAGAACACAAACUUUUUUUUAGAAACUGCGUACUUUGAGUUCACGUUUUGUGUUUCGAGUUGAACGUUGCACACUUUUCUUAUACCUACCUUACAUUUGCUUCAAAUGGCCAACGGCAUAUAAAAAAUAACAAAAAAAUGAUGGAUUAUCUGCAUGUCGCUAGGCCGCCCCUUCCAUGAGACUGCUCCUCUAGUUAUAGGUACUGCGAUUUCUUUACGAUGAAACAAGCUCUGUAUCUUGGAACAAUAAAGUUAAUUAACAGGCAAAGUGGUCAUUACCACA